AUGACGAUUGUGCAUAGUACAUUCAGUAUAACCAGCCUUCAGCGAACCGAACAACUAACUGAAGAAGAAAUAGAUUUGUUUCGAAAAUGUAUCGACGAGAUUGCUGAAAAUCAGGAAAAAUUGCAGCAGUAUGAGAAUAAGGUUGAGAUAGUUCAUGAGCUCAUAGAAGACACAACUGUGUUAGAGGAAGCAGGUGUAUCGAUAAAAGAGGCGAGCGGUAAAUCCGAAGAUCCUCAAACUGAAGACGUCCACAGUGAGUCUACUGAAAAAAUCAAUAAACCAGAAAAAGGAGUCGUCGACGGUGGCAAAUGUCUU